UAGAGACUCUACGUAACGAGUGGUUGAUGGUAUCGGGGAUCGUGAAUUGUUUGUGGAUCGUAAUUAUAAUGACGUUAUCAAGUAGUAUAGACCUACAAGUGGCUGGGACAAAUCCACUCAGUUUAGUAUUCCUAAUAGUAUUUGGAUUCCUGUUCGUUCUUCAAUUUCUCUGUAUGCUGGUGCACAGAUUCACCACGCUCUCGCACUUCAUUGCGCGUGCGCCGUACAAGUUUGGACAGAAUUAUCGGACGUCUGUUGCUUUCCUCUCACGUGACCUAGACCCUGAUGAAGAACAUUUGGCAAGAGAAGCGAGGAGUUUAGAACCACAGUUUUUAGAAAGAAUGAAGAAGAAACCAAGAAAGCGGAAUCGAAGUGCCAAUCAACAAAGUAACCAUGACAAUACUUCCGAGAAUGUGUCACUGUUACCCAAUAAUUUUAAUGACGUGUAUCAAGGUCACAAUAAUACCAGACCGUAUGAAGCAGUGUAAAAAGAUGAUUAUGCAGAAUAAUACUUCUUUGUGAGGUCUGAUGACUCAAAUUAUCGAUGAUGUUUACACAAGUAGUGGUAAAAACAGAUUCUUGUGAAUAUUGGUUGCUGUUCUGUAAACAUUAACAUAUAAGUAUUGUGUUUUCCAUAUAGGGGUACAAGGCUGUAUGGAACUGUGUAAAAAGGUGAUUGUCUGGAAUAAUAUUUUCUUAGCAGUUUCCCGUUUGUGAUGCCCUAUCAGUUAAUUUACUGAUACCGAAGAUAACAGAAUUCAAACUGAGUAACAGCAUAUGAAUAUUGAUGGAUGAUAUUCUCACACAUUAACAUAGAAAAGUUAGGUCUUUUCCGAUAUAUAUGUACAUUUAGUAAGCUUCAUUGAUAGAAAUGAUUGUUUUGUUUUGACAUUGCUCUCGUUUAUACUAAUAAAAUAUCAUGGAAAAUUUAA